GAGGGGGAGGGGGAGGGGGAGGGGAGGAUAAAAUAGAGUUGGGUGUUGGGUGAUGCAAGAAUUGGAGUCCCAUCAAUUGGCCAAUACCAUGGAUUUUGGGAAUUCUUGUAUCAUCGUCAUCUUCCACUCUCUGUCUAGCCGCUUUUGCUGUCGUUUCUCUUCCUCGUCUGGUGCUUUGUCAUCGUCUUCCUUGUCUUCUGGAAGUACUUACUAUGUGCCCUAUAUGGCCGCAUGUAACCCCUCGUACUCCUUAAUCACUGCUUCUUAUUUCACUGCCAAGCCUUCUUUAUAUCCUGAAGAAAAAGCGUGAUUACCCCUUCAAGCUUCAACUCCUGUUUUCCUCAUUUAUUUCUUUUCUUUUCUCUCUCCCUCUCUCUGUAAUCGUCCCCCUUUAUCCCGUAUUGGAAAUUUAGUUAUUUUAUUGAGCCAAACACAAUGGUGGGUGUAUUUUUGUCUAAUGGUUCAGCAGCUUUGGCAAUUUGUGGUGGUUGCGGUUACAAUGGUGGUCUGGGUUUCAGGUAUGGUUUUGAUGGUCGUGGAUGUUGGAAUUUGAAUGAGAAAGGGAGGAGGAGCAAAUUUGUCACGACUACUGCAGCGCAGAUGAAGAGGCGAUCGAGCUUUUCACUUCUGGCCUCUUCUGCUUUAGCCACAACUAGAAUUGCAUCCCUUCCAAAUUUCAACCCGGAGGUUCUAAAGGCUGCUAGGGAGAAAUUUACACGGGAGAUAUCGUUUCAGUCCAAAGAUAAAGACAUCUCCAUUGCAAAGGCUUUGCUUUACAUUGCUGCUGAAGAUGAGGGAUUUAUGGCUUUCAAUAGAGAGAUGGAUGUUCAUUCACUUCAAAAUGAAAGGAAAGAUGCUUCAGUGCCAGCUGAUGCACAAGAGUAUAAAUGUGUCGAGGCUAUGCCCUUGGCUGGGAAGAGCAUAAAUGAAUGGCUGGCUGAGUUGGAUGCCAUUGCCAAAGAAGUUGAGGCAGAGCUAGUUUCAAGAGACAUAGGUUGCCAUUUAGUUGAAGUUUUGGAGGCAGUAAACGUAGUUCUUUUUGAGUUGAGAGGCUUCAAAAGGUCACCUGUACUAGUAGAUUCAAAAUAUUCAUACUUGCACUGGGUAUUAAGCUCUGGAUGCGGCAGUGCAAUUUUGCUUAGCGUUAUUUAUAUCGAGGUUUGUCGAAGACUAAAUCUGACCAUUGUGGGAUCUCGAGUUGGGGAAGAUUUUUUGAUAUGGCCCCAAACUGGAAACCCUGAGGAGCUAUUCAAGGUAACUUCAGGACACAGCUUGUUUGGAGUUGUCAAUGGAAGGUGUGUGGAAAACCCCAGAUCAAAGGCCUCAGACAUUGAUAGCAAUUCACUUUUGGGGCUUGAUAUUGCAACAAAUCGAGACAUUAUUGGGAUUGCCUUAGCCAAUUUGAUUAGGCUUCAUUGGAAACGUGCUUCGAGAAUGAACUAUGGACUGAUGCUAACAUCUGCGCUUAGGCCUGUACAUGCCGAUGAAAAAUUUAGCAAGAUUGAUGGUUCAAACUUCCCUUUGUUGCGGCCUCAAGAUCUGAGGCACUAUUUUCUGUUGUCCUUACAGGUUCAAGAAUGUAAUAUUGCAAGAUUGGCAUGAGAAACGGGAGAAUUGUGAAUUUGGACUGAUAACAUUGUUCCACAUUCCAAUUAUGUUUCGUACAAAAAAUGCUCAUUGAAAUAUCGUAUCUGCAAAUUGUGCUGCUUGAAGUUCUUACUUACAGCCUUGACACAAAAUAUCUAGGUUCUAAGAACUGCUGAGUGCCGCUUCAUUAUGAUCUUGAUACAUCCCUGCACUAAUCAUAUAACAUAAUAGUCUAUUUAAAAAUACAAACCCGGAAUGAGGAUCAAUUAUAUAUGAUUGCCAAUCCAUGCUCCAGAUGUCAGUAUCUUAUCGGGCAUUGGUAGAACUUGCAUUUUGAACAUUUGAACUGCAUUUUAUUAUUUACAGUUUUACACUAGCCUUCCACUAUAGAAGGCCCAAGUUUGUCCAACAUUUACAGUUACGAAGUUCCUAUUGAAUAUGCUUUUUGCUCAGUAGUUCUUCUUUUUUUUUUAUUCUUCCUCUUUUUCUUUUUCUGUUGGGGACAGUGGUGGUCGACUUAUGUUCUUUUAUUCACACCUAUCGUUGAGAAUGUGGUUGUAUUCAGAAAAGCUGGGAUGCAGUUUGGUCAUUCAUCUUGAUUUUGCAUCCCUGUGAACAACAAUCUCUAUGGAGAGCGAAAUAGGAGUCACCGUACCAUAUGGACUUAUGAGUACAGAUUAGAGGCUGUCAAUGCUUGCCUUACUUUUUCAAGCGUGUGAGCACUUUUAGAGAGCAUUUUCUUGGUUGAUGCCCUUAAACAUUUGCAGCUGUAAAAUUCCUUUCCAUAAAGCAUAUUUGUUUAGAUUUUUUGUUGCAGAACAAUUAGGGACAACUGCACCACGGAUGAUAAGGACAGAACACUGACGUAUUUAAUAGAAGCAUGAACAAUGCCGGUGUUGUAAAGAGGAAGACACCAUCUUAUAGAGGCGGAACCAAUAUUCUUUGUGGAACUUGAAUUUCUUCUUGCACUUUAUGUUCCAUGCUGAUUAAUUGAUGACAUGAGAUACAUGAUGGACUGGACAAAUGCAAUAGUGACAUAGUCUGAAGGAUUGGCCAUAAGUUGUUCAUGUAGUAGUCUGCCUACUUUUGAUUUGCCGAAAUAUUAUGUUCAUGGAUGCUUGUAGAAUCUUUUGGUGGUAUUUCAGGAAACAAACAAGCAAUUUAAUUCUAAAGGACCUAAACCUUUUGCUCAAGGUUAUUGUAUGUAUGGUAUAUUGAAAUUGAGAUAUGUUUUUAGAAUCUCCAAUUUCUUGUACUACGAUGUCUUGUCAGAUUUUCAUUUUAUCUUUUUAAUAGUUAUUUCUGUGGAUUGGGAAGAAAUGUUGCCUCAUACAAUCAAAGCUUUUGUUUUUUAACUUCUGUGGUUUCUUAAAUAUAUUUUCUUCUCAGUUGGGACAUACAUUCUAAGAAUCGAAUGGUUGUUUGAGGUUCCUUCAGGGACAUCUGAAUAAAUCAGAUGAGCGUGAGGCUAAUCCAUUUGGCUGAACUAUGAACUAUAGUCCUUUCUUUUGCUCUUUUAUGGGACACAAGAAUGUAUCAUGUUGCUUUAUGACUUUUGUAAUAUGGCAAUAUUUAGCACCUUUUUGCUUGUUCAAUAUUUAACAAAUCCUCUACAUUUUUAUCUAAGAUAGUAGAUUCUGCUUGUUUUUUGUUGGUCAGAAUGGCAUUAUAUUUGAUGUGUUUUGUUUCCUGUCUUAGGCUGGCUAUUAUGGCUGCGGAAAGAUUACUUAUUCUCCAGCCACAUAAUUGGGUUUUGAGGAGAGACCAUGGCAUGCUGUUGUAUUAUAACAGGGAAUACGGAGAGGCAGUCCAAGAGCUUAGCAUUUGCAUGGCCUUUGCUCCAGAAGAAGAGGCUGAAGUUUUAGAAUCAUUUGUUGAGAAACUGCAUUUGUUACAGCUUGAAUCAUCAUGGAGAUCUUUGGGACAAAAAGGUCGGUUGACAGUUCCUUGACUUGUUCGUACAAUACAUUUGCCUUUUCCUUGACUUCAUGAACCCUUCCUAAACCAGAGAGAUCAUGGCUGAUGGCACUAAGUAUAAUCUUGUUUGAAACUUUGUAUGCACUUACAUCUAACCAUGUUUGAGUUGCAUGGUUCUGAGAAUGAGAUCAAUACAUAUUUAAAUACUGUUCCUCAACUCAAUUGAGAGACUUCAAAAGCAGACUACAUUAUUGGGGGUCUUGGUUCUAAUGUCAGGAGGCAUGAACAGCUGCUUAGAGAUGUGAAAUGGUGUCAUAUGAUCUUGGUUAAUUAGGUGAUGAAGCAGAUCUCUCAGAGGGUUGUGAUAUGGUAUGUAUUUUUAUAUGAAUGUACCAAGCAGUGUAGUUCUGUGGGAUAUAAUUUUCUUUUGGCUGCUGCCAAAGUAAUUGGUCAUUUCCUUGGAAGAAAGACAUAGUGCAACUUUGCCUUUGUUACAAUUCUAGCAAUACCCAUACUGAAUUUGGACCAAACUUUCAGUAAGUCAUAUGGUGGUAAACAAAAAUGUACUGUCAGUGAGAAUUCAAAUAGGGUGGCAAACUAUGCAGCUUAUUACUGAAUAACAGAACAUAGAAAUAGGUUAUAAAAUGGCAUGACUGGAUGGAUACAGGAUACCUAUCAUAAGUUUGUUGAGUGGGACCUAACCUAACUUUCUUUAAUCAAAGAAAUUGACUGAUAUCUAACAGAUGGAUAAGCUUAAACAUGUAACCUCUCUCUCUCUCUCUCUCUCUCUCUCUCUCUCUCUCUCUCUCUCUCUCUCUCUCUCUCAUACACACAAACACACACAGUGGAAACCACCAAAGAUUCCACUCAAGAGAAGCAUGAUAAUUUCGUUUUUCAGCAAAAGUACAUACAUAAAUGUUAUUCUGUGUUUAAUCCCUAUUGGGCGACAAGGACACAAUUGUGUGUGGUUCUUUGCACCUGCAAAAUGAUUAUGACAUUUAGUUUAUUGUCAU